UGCUUGACAACGGGGCCUUGCAGGUCAGAGCCCUUCUUUUUUCUCACCAGUUGUAAUUGUGCUGACUGCCCACUUCCUGUUGCUACCAGUGCAGAGGAAUUCUGAGACAAGAGGAAACGAGUGGAGGGGGACAGGAAUCCAGGAGGGAAAGGGAGUGCUCUUACACAAGCUUCAAAGUGCUGACCAACUGCAGAGGGAUAUAAGACCAGACCAGUGCAGACUCCUUAUCGCACCAACCGUUGUGGUAUUGACAUGAAACGGGAGCAUAACCGCAAGUAGUAGUUGGUAGGCACUGUCAUAAAACAAGUUAUCCUUCUGGAAACCCAUGCAUUUGCAUGAGGAGGGAAGCAGUCGGAGCAUUGGAAACAAUCUAUUGAUCCAAACGAUGGUGGGUGGGCUACUGGUUUGGCAUGUGAGUGUGUGUGUGUGUGUGCGUCUCAAAAGUCUGCUUCCUUGGCUGAGUCCCUUAACCUCCAACCACUUGACACACCCCCCUCCCCAUCAGCACAUCGACGUGCCCCACUUCGACCACCUCAGCUGCAGCACAAAACAUUUCCCUGCGCUGUAAUCGAUUCAUUCGGUGUGAUGACCUCCAGGGCCCCUCAACGCGUGUGCUUUCCUGCUCCUCACUCAGGAUGUCCUGUCACAGCCUGCGUGCGUGAGAUCCUCUGCUGGUGUGUAAAUGGCCAGUGGGUGGGAUGAGGCUCCAUCUAAUGCCAAGAUAUUCCUAAACCGCACAAGUUGUGCAUUCGUAUUUGGGUUCCUAGCAGACCGCUGUAAACUCUCCAGCAGACUUGAGGCCCACGAGGACCUCCUUCCCCGACCAAGACCAUGAGCGCCGACCACACCAACCACUCGGAGCUGUUCGUCAACGCCACCCCCUGGUUCCUCAGCUGCACCAUCGAAUUAGCCACGGACACGCGGCAAAUCAUCCUCUUCCUCCUCUACCUCCUCAUCUUCAUGGUGGGCCUCCUGGAGAACGUGCUGGUGGUGUGGGUCAACUGGCGGCGGCGGCGCGCGGCCAGCGGCGUGCUCUUCUGCAUCAUCAACGUCAGCCUGUCGGACCUGAGCGUCGUGGCCGUGCUGCCCUUCUACAUGAUGGAGGUCACACUGGACAAGGUGUGGCUGUGGGGCCGCUUCCUCUGCAAGGUCACUAACCUCCUCUACCUGAUUAACUUCUACAGCAGCUCCUUCUUCCUGGCCUUCAUGACCCUGGAGCGCUACCGGUCUCUGGUGCGGCCCUCGGCCCCGGCCCUCUUCCCCGCGCUGGGCCGUCGCCGCUGGCUCCUUUGCGGCGGGACCUGGCUGCUCUGCCUGUUCCUGGCCCUGCUGGAGAACGUGCACAUGGACCUGCUGGAGUGGGACGAGCCGGGCUGCUUCAUGAUGCCUCAGUUCAGCUUCGUGGAGUGGUUUGUCUCGUUGGCUUUUCUGGGCCUGGUCUUCCAGUUCGUCCUGCCCGCCACCAUCAUCAUCGGCUGCAACGUGCUGAUCGCCCGGGCGGUGCGCAGCGCGCCCGACGUGCAGGGGAGAAGGGACGUGUGGCUGGUCCACGUGUACUCGCUCGUCUUCAUCGUCUGCUGGCUGCCCUACCACCUGGUGAUGCUGCUGAUGAUCAUAGACGAUUUAGACCCUGUGCUCUUUGGGUGCAACACGGUGGAUUUCCUGUACUUCUCCUACAGCGUGGUGCAGUGCCUGUCUCUGUUCCACUGCGUGGCCAACCCCAUCCUAUACAACUUCCUCAGCAAGAGCUUCCGCAACAACCUCGUCAACACGGUGGUGAGCUACAUACCGAGAGAAGGGCUUACAGAGCUGGGGGAACAAGCAGACUCUGGGGGCAAGGGCGGGGGAAGGGGUCAGAGCAAACCGCGUCGGAUCAGCAACAGCAGCACCAGCCACUCUGAAGUCGGAUCGUAAGGAGUGAUCUCAAGAGGCGAGCCUCCAGCUCCAUCCUAGUGUCAGCAGAGUUCAUGUGAGACCCAAGGCCUCUUGACGCUUUACAAAACUUCAAUGGAAGAACUUAAUGAUAUAAUCUUUGAAAAAUCGGCUCACCUAAACUAAAUAUAUAACCCGCUUGACUUUAAAUAACAUGCUCGCAAAUAAAGAAAUGUAAGGACAUUUUUAAUUCCUUCAUGCUUUUGAGUCCCACAAAAACUCUUUAGUAAAUGGACAAUACCAAGACAAAUGCAGCCCCCCGGACGAGCAGGACGGACUCUUUGGAAAUGCAAUACCAGUUCAAUGUCGUACAGGCAGUAAAUAUGAAGAAUAACUGAAUCAAUGAGGAGCAGCUGGGUGGCAGGUUUAGGUAGACCCUCAUUAAGGUGCGGUCGUUGGAAGCUUUACGUCCUGAUUCCAGACUUGUGUAUUUAUGGUCACUCAUCUGUUCCUGAAUAAUGCUCCAACAUGGUUGUUUAUUCUCACCAUUUCUUACUAAUAAAAAACAUUUUAUUUACUCGA